AGACUAGCUUGACUGUCUAAUCCGAUUCUCUGGACGAUCAGUGAGUCUUGCUUCACUCAACAGGGACGCUGAUGGCUGAUAAUGGGGUGAUACGAAACUGGAGGGUGCAGGACCUGCAGUGGAACAAGAAACCAGGUAACAAAAUAUUACCUGGCCAGAUGUGGAGUUUCAUACUGUAUUAUAUACGCUUAGCCCAUGUAUUUGUGGAAUGGGACGGAGAAGAAGGCCAUUCAGUGGUGGAAGGGAAGGUAGUGCAACUGAAGGAAAGUGGUGCAUCAUUUACAGCUGGAGCAAAAGUUAUAUGCACUUUAAGAAGGAUUGUUUGGAGCAACUAUCAUUGCCACUGGGUCCAGGGGUGAGUGCUAUGCAGCUCAAGCUGAACAGGAGAAAUGGAGUGACAUGGACACAGACUGUGACAAAAGAGGAUGAGGAGGAGGAGGUACUAUCAGAGCCAGCUGCAACUGGAGCUAUGGAAGAAGAAGACUAUGACCCUGGGAGUGAAUCUGAGCAGAGGGACAGGAAGAAAGACUCAAAGGCUUCGAAGAAGAAAACAGCUGCAACUAGAGCUGCCUCUGCAAGGGAGAAAGAGGACUCGGACUCUGGGAGUGAACCUCAGCAGAGAGACAGGAAGGACAAAAAGACUAUCAGGAAGCAAAAUGCUGCAACUGGAGCUGCCUUGACUGACUCAGCCAGGAAGGACUAUGACCCUGGGAGUGAAUCUGAGCAGAGGGACAAAGAUAAGAGUGGGUGCUCUCAAAACAAAGUGACUGCAGUUGGAGGGGGCAAGCAAAGGAAGGGUCCAAAAUCCCUGAAAAAGGUGGCUACGUUUUAUGUGGAUUAUGACCACUCUUACGUACAGGCCUCAGCUAAGGCAAAGGAUGUUGCCAGCAGUGAACUUUCGAAAUCUCUUCUCCAAGAGAUAAUGUCUAAUGGACCACUGCUAUGCUCCUCACCAGUUACACAAAGUGAAGCAGAAGAUGAUAACAUCACUGAGAGUAAGGAGACUAAAGAGAGAAAUGAGAGCACAGAGAGUAAAGAGAUUAAUGGGAGCAAGGAGAGUAAGGAGGGGGAGCAAAACUGCGGUGAAGAGGGACCGGCACCUGACCAUGGUGGAUCAGGAUUAAGAAGAGAGUCAUCUUGGGACACUUGGGAAACUGUACAAUCUCCCCCACCUAUGGGCUAUCAUCAUCGGAUGCAACCUCCACUGCACUAUCCACACCAUUAUAGCUACUUGGACCUUCCCCCAUCGAAACGCCAACGAUCUGAUGAGGAUAGUAUGUCCGACGUAGCAUCCUCCCAUCUAUCAUCCCACUCUACUGAUCCAGGGACCAUGUGCAGUCGAUGACUAAUGAGGUGCAUAGGCUGAAAGAACAGAUAAAACCAAUUCUAAAGAGGAGGAAGGUGUACAGUAGAACCUCCGAUAAAGAAAACUCCAAAGAAUGAAUGACGAAAGAGAGCGAGGGCGAGAAAGAGAGAAAGAACAAAAAGAUGAUUACAGUGGUGCUUCUUUUGGAGACCCAAUGGGCAGCUCUAGACAUAAAGUGACUCUUGAAUGUGUCACAAUCCACACGUCACAGAUGUCGAGUGAAAGACCGAUACUGCUGAGAAGCUCUCCAAAGCCCUGCUCCUACUUCUUUUCUCAACCAAGGAACUUGCUCAAGGAAACUGUACUAAACCGAUCAGGGAUGACAUCUCCCAGUUGGACAGUACAAGGCUAUGGGCAAUAAAAUGCCAUAUGGACUACCUGUACCCCUUACCGGAAGGCAGCCUAGACAAGGAGUACAACAAGCGUUGGGCAAUCAUCCUCCAGAAACACCUCAACCCAGUGUGCAGGCACCUGUGCCCAAAGAGCAAGAAGUGACAAUGCACAGAUAGAAAGGCCAUGGAACAAACUCACUUCAUUGAUCCAUGAUUAUAUGGGCUCCGCAG